CGCCCCGACUGAGGCGGGGCGGCCGCGCUGCGCUGCGCGGCGCUCCCCGGGGCCCGCCGGGCUCCGCGGCCGCUUCCUGUGGGGUUGGCCCGGCGCGGCCCCUCGGGCCUGCGCUGUCCCGGGGCAGACAGCAGCCGCGGCGCCCUGGGCUGCUGUGCCCGGCGUGCGGGGGCCCGCGGCGGCCCUGCCGGGCUGCAGCGCGGGGCCUGCCGGUGGUCACCGCCCGGCAGCCGCCCUCAGUGCUGCUGCGUUUGACUCCAUGUAAGCCCGACCUCGUCGGCGCCUCUUGUUUGGUUUAGUUCCUCUGUGUGCUGGAGAAGCGCACCUUCCUGCCAGACUGGCGGCUUGUAGAGACAACCGCCGUCUGAAGUGACUCGUGGGGACGAGAGCCAAACGAGAGGCCGUCAGAGUUCAGGGAGCUAGAAGAGAGGACAACGAAGUGGGAAUUUCCCAGUAAGCGCAAAAGGACAAAUGAAAAGAAAAUGGGAAGAAAGACUGAAGAAAGUGGAAGAACUAGCAUCUCACUAUGAAAGAAAUCCUCUUCCUCCAGUUUAUAGACCAAAACUGUCCAAGCCCUUUCUGCCAUCCCCUGUUUGGAAAAUAUUUUAUCGUCAGGCUGAAGCUUUUGAUUAUGUAAAAACCUGCAAAGAGGAUGUUCAUGUAUUUGCCUUGGAAAAGAGCACACAAAGUAGACAGAGGUUUUACCUUGUGACAACAUAUAAAGAGCUUUGGUUUUAUUACACGAAAGAUUAUAAAACAAGUCUUAUGCAUUGCUAUGAAGUAAUUCCUGAAAAAGAUGCUUGCAAACUUUAUUUUGAUUUGGAGUUCUACAAACCAGCAAAUCCUGGUGCGGAUGGCAAGAGUAUGGUUGCAAAGCUAAUUGAGCUUGUCAGCGAGAAAUUAAAAGAAUUUUAUGAUGUUACUUGUGCAGCCAAAGAUGUCUUGAAUUUAGAUUCCAGUACUGAUGAAAAAUUUAGUCGACACUUAAUAUUUCUACCACAAAAGACUGUAUUUAAGGACAAUAUUCAUGUUGGUAACUUUGUGAGAACCAUUUUGCAGCCUGCCAUAAGGCUAAUGGAGAGUAAAGGUGCUGUUGUGAUUCCGGAAGAAGGAGCAGGACAUGUUUUCCAGUGUUCUGCAGAAACACUUGGAUUAGAUGGUUCUUUUUCCAAAGGCUGGCCAGCCGUUGCUCACAAAACAAAGGAUAUGGAAACAUCACACCAGGGAGAAAAUUCAGAAUACUCCUUUCUAAUAGUAAAUGAUAAAGAAGGACACCAGCAACUUUUUGUGGAUCUAGGAGUUUAUACAAGGAAUAGAAAUUUCCGGAUGUAUAAAUCAUCAAAAGCAGGAAAAAAUGUGAUUCUGAAGAUAGCAGAGGAUAAUAAAUUUGUCCCUAACUGUGAAGACAGUGUUUCCCUGGAAGAAGCGUAUUUUCUUUCCUCUUUGAUCUGCAACAUCAGAGUGAGGGAUGACACACAAGUCCUGUCAUCUGUCUUUUCAGAGGAGGAGAGGAAAAUGUCUGCUUUUAUAAACAGUAAAACUACCAGAAGCAGUAGAGAUUCCAUGGAAGGUUAUCAGGAUUCACCAUAUCCAGAAAUUGAUUCUUUUGUUCGUUCUUUGGUUAACAAAGAUGGGGUGCAAGGAGGGAUACGACGAUGGAAUUAUUUCUCUCUGGAAGAAAUACUUGUAUAUGAUAUUUCUGGUUACCGUUGGUGUGAAAAUAUUGGAAGAGCUCACAAAAGUAACAAUAUAAUGAUUCUGGUAGAUCUAAAGAAGGAAGUCUGGUAUCAAAAAUGUCAUGAUCCAGUCUGCAGAGAAAGUAACUUCAAAUCACAAAGUUUUCCAUUGCCACCUCAGCUACGUCUCCCUUUUCUUUUCAAAGAGGAAGAAGAAUAUACACUGACGGAUGAAAGGGGGAACACAGAAGAAAAAGUAACACCACAUUCUAAUGCAGCAGACUUGACAGAAAGCUCAGAAUCUCUAGAAAAAAGCUUGUCUCAAAACUUCCUGUUGUCAGACAGUGAGUGGGACGAUGCAAGCGAUGAUGCUUGUCUCCUAGAAGCUACUGAAGAUGUAGAACUAGCUGAAGCUGCAAAUGAUAGUCUGAAUUAUGACAUGGAAGAAAUUCCUGAUGAAGUUCUUUUGGAAGUUUUAAGGAAACAGGACACGUGCAAUAAAGAAGAGAGCUAGGCACCUUUGGCAAGCACAAGGUGAUCACAAAAGAUUACACAGGGACUGAAGAGUACUGGACUGAAAACUUGUCAUGAAUGCUGCAGCAAAUUUAAGCACUUUUAACACUGGCUUCUGUAUAGUGUCUCUUUUCUUAGCUGUAUGUCUGAGUUUUACUGAUAAGCCAAGUAAGAUAGAUUACUUCCAGAAGUGGAAGAAAAUUAUUUAUUUAAAAUACAAAUUUAAUAAAAAAGAUUUGUCUAACAAUGUUUUAA